AUGUCGCAAUUUAUGGACAUUGUUUUAAAUGUUGACAAUCCUUACGACUUCACUAAUAAUUUAAAUAUGCUCAUGACUUCAUCUGCUGCAUGCUAUAAGAUGUUUAUUGUGUGGUUAAAUUAUGAGAAAAUUGCAGCGUUAAUUAAUUGUCUUACUGAAGAGCCAUUCAAACCAUUAAAUUUGGAUGAGAUAAAAAUUUGGCGACAAUACGAAACAAUAAUACGAUAUGCUGAAUUAGUGAAUUUGAAAUUUACAAAAAUAGUCGGAUUUCAGUUUAUGGCAAGUACAAUGGUAAUUUGCUGUAAUCUGCAUCAACUAACCAGUUCUACUUUGAGCGCAAAUCAUGUUCCAUUAAUUAUGUAUACAUGUUGCAUGCUGACACAAAUAUUUAUUUAUUGCUGGUUUGGAAACAAAGUCAAAUCCAAGAGUCUUCAACUAACAAGCAGCAUCUUUCAAACUGAGUGGCCAAUUUUAGACAAUAGUAUUAAAAAGAGCCUUUUGCUAAUUAUGAAGCGUGUAAUAAUACCCAUCGAAAUUUCUACUAUAUAUGUUCUAACCAUAAAUUUGGAUUCUUUUAUGGCGUUGCUCAAAACAUCGUAUUCUGUUUAUAAUUUAUUGGUGCGAGUGCAAGAAUAA